CUUUCUUUCUUGCGUGUAAAUAUUAUUUUCAUAUAAAAAAAUGUACUCUGUGAUGGACAACUUAAGCCAUGAAUUCUCUUCUAAAAAUACAGUUUCAGAUCGACUGGAUAUCUUGAUACAACAAGUCAAGGAUGAAAAUUUACAAACAAUGAUGCAUAAGGAAUAUAGGCGAUUGAUGGUUGAUCAACAACGUCUGGUGACCAUGUUGGAGCAACGAUCUGACUUGCUUUAUCAAGAAAAUCAGCAUUUAAAGGAUAUUAUAUCAGAAAGCCAAAGACGUUAUGAAAAGGCAGUGAGAGAGAUGCAGUUCUUCAAGAGGAAAUAUGAUCAAUUAGCUUCUGUAGCUGAAGACGUGGAAAGCAGCAAUUGUUCAUCAUCAGAGUGGCAAUAUGAGCGUAAACGAAAUAAUUCAACAGCGGGAGCAAGUGUGUUUAGUGCAUUCUCGAGCAGUACGGAGGCGACAAGUAUAUAUUCAAGCAGAUCCAUGGAUCAUAAAAUAUCAAGGAAUCCUUCAAUGGCCAGUUCUUAUUCUUCACCUAAUUCGACCGUUCCUUAUGCUCCUCCUUUAACACCUGUCCGUUCGACCACAUCAGCUUAUACCGAAAACUGCAUUAUUCAACAACGAAAAUCAGAUCCAUUGUGCUUUGGUGGAUCGGAUGCCUUGUGGGAUACAAUAGCAAAGAGUCAAGGGAGUGAUGUGACGGUAGAGAAAAUUAUAAGGUAAAGAAUGUUUAUUAAUGAAGAAGAGAAUUGUCAUUUAUUUGUCCCUUGUUUAGUAACUUUCUGCGUCGAGGUGGCUCACCGAAUACGGCCAAACAAUCUCCUUCGACUAAUACAGUCAAAUAUGGCUACGGUAUGAUUCAUGCUCUCAUUGUCACCAAAGCCCCUGGAGCUUUAGAUCUACUCCUGCAACAGGGAGCAAACCCAAAUGUGAUGACACUCAGUCAAGUUGACGAAGACAAGGUAAACUUUUAUUAU